AGACCAUUCAGUAAUUUAUGGAAGGUCACUCUCAUCCAUACCAAAUUGCUAUUCAUGUCUGGUAGUGAAGCUCCUCGCUCUUUCCUGCAAAAAGCCUGUGAGAAUUGUCGAUUGAGGAAGAUCAAAUGUGACAAGCAAAUUCCUUGUGCAAGUUGUCAGACGCUUGGUAUUACUUGUCAAGCUGCAGCCGCACGUGCAGCAGAGCAUAGGCCUCGUAUUGUGGUCACUAGCCAGUAUGAAAGACAGAUUGCUCUGAUUCAGGAACGACUGCAAGGAAUUGAAAGCAGUCUGAAACAAUUAUCGCAACACUCUGCUGCGUCGACCCCUCGACCUGCAUCGUACAAGGCAGAAGUCGUCAAUGGAUCUACUCAGUCGGAUAAAUCCAUCUCGAUCUAUGAAGGAGAAUCAUCAUUCGGCAAUCAGACAAUACAAGCAGGUCAGCUUGCCGAUGUCACAGCAACAGCAGUCGUUGGCACAGCAUCGAAUGAGUUAUCAAGUGCUCUGUCAUUAUUGAAAGAUAGCUUGAAGCGUCAUGAAGCUCUAUCGCGAACCCAUGAGACGCACCUCAGCACAAGAAUCAAGCUCGACCUCAUGAGCCAAGACGAGCUUCCCCCUGCUCCGCUCGUCAUCGCCCUUAUAAACAGAGCAAAAGCAAACCCAUCACUAUCAUUGGUCGCAUUUUCUUACAAAGGCGUCUCACAAUUCGAAUCACUCUGCCAGAAGGUUUAUUUCCCACUUGAACCACCGCCCGCAGGUUCAAUGACAUUUUUCUACGGCUUUCUUUACUUCGUCAUCCGAGACUAUUGGGCCCAGCAGGACCCUGCGCUCCGCGAAUACGACGCACAAGCGAUCAUCGACCUCUGCGAGACGAGAUUCUGCGCUGGACUUGAAAAGUUCGAAACACUUACCAUCCCCGUAUUGCCAAAUAUCCAAGCUCUUCUCAUAGGUGCCAUCAAAGCGCAAGAAGAAUGCAAACUCUCCCUCUCCUGGACCUUCCUCUCCGCAGCAGCAACCCAAUGCCACACCCUCGGUUUCCACCGCAAAUCCACCCUCUCCCACGAACCCCGCGAAACCGCCGACAUCAAACGCCACCUGUUCUGGCAACUCUACAUGCUGGAUAAAAACCUAUCUCUGAACCUAGGCCGCGGCUCCAAUUUCAACGAUUCGGAUAUCGAUGCCGAGUUUUUCACUCCGUCGACGCAUCCGCAGCAGAGACCUUGGGAUCUGAUGUCUUUGGAUACGAUUCUGUUUGCCAGAUUGCAGGGGCAGGUUUAUGAGAGGUUGUAUUCUGCUUCUGCUAUCGAGGCGGGGGUGGAUGAGCGGGCGGCGGCGAUUGAGGAACUCUCCUCUCAAGUCAACGCUCUUAGAAAUCAACUCCUAUCCAUCGAUUUUACGGGUGCAUACUAUCAAGAGCGAUUGAUAGGGAUGGCGCAUUCGGCCGAUUUCGUCUGUUAUUCCGUGUUGACCGUGAUCCACCGCGCCCAAUCCCUCACCACCACCGCCACCGAAAUCAGCCCCAAAUGCUAUGAAGCUGCCAGAUUAGGCUUGGAAAAUCACUUGAAGUGUUUUGCGCAAUUUCGGAACCGCAGCGUGCCUCAGCAGGCGGAAUAUGUGAAUUGGAUUUUGUUAUAUCCAUCCUUCACGCCUUUCACGGUAAUUUUCAUCCACGCCAUCGCCACAUCCGCACCUUCCGAAUUACAACUACUCCAAGAAACCGUGGCGGCGUUGAAUCACGUAAAAGCCCUUUCCCCAGCAGCACGCCGUUUACACGACGUAUGCGCAGCAUUCACCCAAGUCGCCGCCGCAUUCAUAAAUUCGCAACGAACACUUAAUGGAUGGCAUAGAAGGGGAGACGGAACAUUAUCACUGCCAUCUGCGGAGACUGGAGUUACUGGUGUGCAAGGGUUUGAGGGUAUGGAGGGGAUGAUGGGGCAGCAGGGGCAUGAUCAAGAUGCCUUGUCUGCGUUCUUGUGCAGUCUUGCUGGUAACAAUAGGCCGUUGACGGAUUUUUUGCAUAUGGAUUUGUUGGAUGCGGAGUUCAAUAUGCCGGAAUUGUUCUCGGCUGGGGAGCAGUAGAGAGCUAGGGUAUUCGAUCUUUUGAUUCACCAUUUGCCACAUCUGGUCAUAUCAGAC